AUGAGUAAGGAAAAUCAAUAUGCACCACUCUUAGCACCGUUUGCUUCCGAUGUUUACAUCGAAGAUCCUAACAAAAGUUCAAGAAUAUCAUACACGAGAAACUUUCUUCUCUCUUUAGCUAAUUCUGGUAGUUACAAAACGCUGAGAUUAUCAAAGGAGAUUCAGUUUGCAAUGUCUUGUGUUUUCGAAGGUUCGCUUGAUCUCCUACCCUCACCUUAUAGUGAACUAGAUUCUGUUUCUCAGAAAGUUUCUGCUUCUCAGAAAGUUUCUGCUUCUAAGGUUCUGGGUAAUGUCAAUAUACUGCAUAAGAGUAGUAAACCAUAUCUGCCUCCAUGUCGCAACAAGGCACUAUCUUCUUCAAGUGGAGACAGCAAUGGCUCACUAAAGAGUCACAUAUCUGGAUCUUCUGACUGUACAGAUCAGGAAGUGCAAGCAGAACAAGAAAAAUGUCAAAACGUUUCUCCUGCAAAAUUUGCAAAGAGUGACGGGCUUUGGGAGUCUUGUUUGUAUCUUGAACCUCCAUUGAUCCAUGAUGUCCAAAUUCAACAGGAAUCAGAAUUUAAAUCUUCCUGUACCAGCUUUGAAGACUGUUCAAGUUUUAUCUCUGGUUUUACUUUUCCUGAUGAGGACAGUUUAAUUACAUAUGACGGACCUUUCUCGACCCUUGAAGUGAAAAUUCCGCCUAGUAUUGAUAGUUUCAUGUCUUCCCCUGAAAGUAAUCUGAUUGAAGAUGAUUUGGAUAGUCCAACUUUUAAUAUGAUCAAGAAUCUUGUGGAAUCUGUACUUGAUGGUGAUAAUGCUGAUUACGAUGACGAUUAUUAUAAUUUUGAUAAUGAUAAUUCCUGUAUGGAUGAUAUUAUGGUGGAGCUGGUCCAGCAUAAAGCUAGAGUUGCUAAACUAAACAUUUCUUACCAGCCGUUUCAUUCAAAUCAGUUGAAUCUUGGAAGGGAUCCAUUCUCUUUGUCUUCCCACUCUUGCCCAUGCGGCUAUAAUAGUGAUCAUGGGCUAAGAAGGUUUGGUUUUGGAGCUGAUGAAUCAUUGUUCCAACAGGGUAUAAUGGCAUCACUUGAGGUGCCUUCAUGGAAGGAGAAGACAAAUCUAAUGCAGAAUUGUUUUGAAUAUCAGGAUCCAGGCUAUGACUGCUCUGUAAAGGGAGCUCCUGAUUCUCUUGUUGAUGGCAAAGGCGGAACCAAUCAAGCUGUUAUUGACAGUUUCGAGGACAGGAAACUGGGAGCAAGUCAGUUCGCGGGAGGAUUCUACUAG